UGAGUUCCACUCGGUGUCACAGUUCAGUUUCAGCUCGAUCCGGCGUGCGUUCGUUUCGCUUCGCGUCCUGACCGCGCUGCUAGUUGUGCCCGCGAACAGUGUCCCGAACACAGGCCGUACUGCCGACGGUCCGAAUCUGCUGUUUCUAAUUUUUCUGUCUUUUUUUCAUAAGAAUUUCCCCGCAACAAAUCUCACUUGCAAACAGAGUGCUCUAGUUCCGCGUAACCCUUAUCCACCAUGGAAGGGUCUGUUCCGAAUUCGCCCAGCCGACCUACUUCCCCAGUGGCCGCCGGUGAAAGCGAAAGUGAGCCGACGGGCGUUAGUGGUUCGCGUUCACCGUCGCCCCAGCCCGGCCACAAGCAACCGAAAAAAGUGUCCUUUUCCGACGAGCUACCACAGUCCGGUGCCGCCGUACAGCAGCCGGAAAAGUGUGCACCCAAUGAAAGUGAAAGUGGCCGACCGCAGGAGGAAAAUCCGUUCAUAUUUGUGCUGCGCCAGAACGAUAGCUAUCUGCAGGAUAUGCACAGUUCUGCCCAAUCGCCGUCGGGCGGCGGUGGUGGCGUGUUUCCGAACGCGCGCCGUAGCUCGCUGCACUCGAACGAAAGUGAAACCGGCUCGUCAACGGGCAGCGGUACAAGUACAGUGACAGCGACGGAUACCGGCGGUGAUAAUGGCGGUGUGGUGCAGCAGCAGCAGGACAAAAGCACCACCGAGCUCGUACCGUUCGAUCCGAUAGCAGCCGGACUGGUGAAUAGUUUGGGAGGAGGAAGCGAUGGGUCUGCGCCACCGCCGGCCUCCACCGAGCCGCGCAAACCCUCCGUCAGUGCGAUGGAGCUGGAGGUGCGUCGGGACAAGCGGCGCUGGCUGCUGAUUUCCGAGCUCAGUGCGAUCCUCGGCGAAGACAAGCACACGAUCGACGGUUUCAAGCGCAUCUUCAGAGAACAGACGUUUCUGCAGAAUCUGUUCCGCCUGUUUGACAUGGACAACGAGAACUUCCUGGUGCAGGAUAAAUGGAUCGAACACCUGAAGGGCCGGCUAACUGAUGAGAAACAGAUCGAUUUUGCUGAACAGUUGGAAUCGGUUGCGUACGUGCUCUGCGGAGAUGGGACGGUGACAUACGACAAAUUCUGCCAAAUAUGGCAUGCCAAAGGGAUUCUUGAUAAGCUCUACCGACUAAUCGACGUUGAUUGCACCAACCUCAUAUCGACCAAUCAAAUAAUGGAGUUCAUCUCGAACCUCACCAACUCACGCCCAAGAACAGGCUUCGACAAAUCGUCCCUGGAGCGGCUGGAGCAACUGUUCAUUAAAACGGUCGGCAAUGAGAAGGAGAUCCGGCGGGAGGAGUUUAAGAAAAUUGUUACCUCCAAAAACCCAUUCUUCACCGAGCGUGUGUUCCAAAUCUUCGACAAGGACAACUCCGGUUCCAUCUCGCUUCAGGAAUUCAUCGAUGCCAUCCAUCAGUUUGCCGGACAGUCGCCGGAGGACAAAAUUAAGUUCCUCUUCAAAGUGUAUGAUUUAGACGGUGACGGACUGAUUCAACACCGUGAGCUACAGCACGUCAUGCGGGCGUGUAUGGAGGAAAACGGAAUGCGAUUCUCCGAGGAUCAGAUCGAGGAUCUUACCAUGGCCAUGUUUGAGGAUGCGGACAAGUAUAAUCGCGGUGCCAUUACGUACGAGGCACUCAAGAAUCAGCUCGAAAAGCACGGCGGCCUACUGGAGAACUUAAGCAUCAGUAUCGAUCGAUGGUUGGUGCCGCUGCCGCAGGAGGACACGAAGAAGAAGCGCAAGAAAAAACCCUUGCCCCACCAGCUGACCGCACCGUACAUCAAGAACAACUACGUCUAUCUGUCCUUCCUGACCGUCUUCACGCUGAUCAACGUCGGCCUGUUCGUUUCGCGUGCCAUCCAGUACCGGAACAGCAAUGGGUUCGUUAUAAUGGCCCGUGCCUGCGGGCAAUGUCUCAACUUUAACUGUGCCUUCAUACUGGUGCUGAUGCUGCGCCAGUGCAUCACCUUCCUGAGGACGCGCGGUUUCACUGCCUUCCUGCCGCUGGACCAGCACAUCUACCUGCACAAGCUGACCGGCGUGCUGGUGGCCAUCUUCAGCCUGGUCCACACCAUUAUGCACCUGUUCAACUUCACCACGAUCGUCGUGUACGAUCCGGUGCUGAACGCCAACAACUACACCACGGCCGAGUGGCUGUUUACGGCCCGGCCCGGGCUGUUCGGGCUGAUUGGAGGCUGCGCCAACCCGACCGGCGUCGUCCUGGUGCUGAUCCUGCUGAUCAUGUUCAUCUGCUCGCAGCCGUUCGUCCGACGCGGUGGCAGCUUCGAAGUGUUCUACUGGACGCAUCUCCUGUACGUACCGUUCUGGAUAUUGGUGCUAUUCCAUGGACCUAACUUUUGGAAGUGGUUCAUCGUGCCUGGUUUAAUCUAUCUGGUCGAGCGCACCAUAAGAUUAGUCUGGAUGCGCACGGAACACGGCAAGACGUACAUCUCGUCCGGGCUGCUGCUUCCCUCCAAGGUGACACACCUCGUCAUCAAGCGCCCACUACACUUCUGCUUCCGCCCGGGAGACUACGUGUUCGUCAACAUUCCCGCGAUCGCCCAGUACGAGUGGCAUCCGUUCACGCUCAGCAGUGCGCCGGAGCAGGAAGACUACAUCUGGCUGCACAUCCGGGGAGUUGGCGAAUGGACCAACCGGCUGCACAACUUCUUCGAGCGGGAACAGGAGCGGCUGCACAAUGGCGAAAUUCCUGCGCUGGUCGCUGGAAGUUCUGGGUCGGCCUCCGUAGCUGCCGUUGCUGCGUCGGCUAAGGCCACUGGUGGUACAGUUGACGUGAUACAGGAGAAACUGAAGUCGACCCCGGUUGCGACGAUCCACAAAAGCUCGAGCUAUGAAUCGGCCCUCAACAAAGCGAAACCCUCAGGAGUAGGAGGAGCUGGAGGACCCGUGCCUCGGGCAGGGGAUGCCACCACACCGGCCGGUAUUAUGAAGCAGCGACAUCCACCAGGCACCUCCAAACUGGCCAUGGAGGGGUACAGUGCACCGUCACCGGUUGCUACCUCCACCGCGCAGCCGGCCAAGUUCGAGCGACAAAUGUCGGACAAUCGUGCGUUCAAGAAGAUACAGGCAACGCUGCAGCGAACCUUCUCCCGGCGCGAUCAACUCAUCCCACGAACGGGUGGUGCUGGCGGGGUAGGAGGCAUUGCGAACGAAGGCUUCUCGGGCGAUGGAGCGGAUGGUGGAGCGGACGGGCCGGAGCUGAAGGAUGCGAAGCGUAAGGUUACGCCGGAGCAGAGCCUGCACAAGCUGAUCUUCCAGCAGAAGGUGCCGCUGGAGAAAUCGCUCUCCAUGCCGGACAUGCAGAACAAGUUCAAGAAGCGGGAACGGAUGAUGGUACUUCGUGAGUACAUGCGCUCAGAAUCGGAACGAUCGUUCGAUGAGGUGCAGAUCCGCAAGGCACGACUUCAAUCGCUCGGACUCGCCUACCUAAGCCCGCAGAACAAAUCGCUCGCCCAGAGCUUCCGGUACAUGCGCAACAAACCGACCAUCAUUGCGUUCAAGACGCCGAGCCUGGAGAACUGUGAGCCACGUGAUUCGACCAACUCGAUCGUCGUAUCGCCCGGUGUCUUCACGCAGAAGGAUGCGGAGGAGGGUCGUACGGCAGGAGCGCUACCAACUUCUGGAGCGGCCUCUUCGGUGGUUGCUGUCGGAUCGGGAGCAGCAUCAGCUGCCAGCUCCAAUCCAGCCAGCCGGCCAGUGAACUAUCCCGUCGGUAAGCCGCUCGAAAUCUACAUCGAUGGACCGUACGGUGCACCGUCGAGCCACAUCUUCCAGGCCCAGCACGCGAUACUGAUCGCCACCGGCAUCGGGGUGACACCGUUCGCCUCGAUCCUGCAGUCGAUCAUGCACCGCUACUGGAAGGCACGGCACUGCUGUCCCCGCUGCUCGUACGAAUGGUCGAGCGAGAUUCCACCGACGAUCAUGAACCUGCGCAAGGUGGACUUUUUCUGGAUCAAUCGCGACCAGCGCUCGUUCGAGUGGUUCGUCAACCUGCUGUCCCAGCUCGAGAUCGAGCAGGCCGAGCUGGGCAGCGCGAUGGAGCGCUUCCUCGAGAUGCACAUGUACAUUACGAGCGCGCUGCAGAAGACGGACAUGAAGGCGGUCGGGUUGCAGCUUGCGCUGGACCUUCUGCACGAGAAGGAGAAGCGCGAUCUGAUCACGGGGCUGAAGACGCGCACGAACGCCGGCCGGCCGAACUGGGACAAGGUGUUCAAACAGAUCCAGGACCAGAAGAAGGGCAAGGUGACGGUGUUUUACUGCGGGCCGCCCCAGCUUGCCAAAACGCUGCGCUACAAGUGCGACCAGUUUGGGUUCCAGUUCCGGAAGGAGGUGUUCUGAGGGGAGGAGAAUCGAAUGUUAGCGUGGUUUAUUUAUCGUACCCCUUGUCUCUUUCAUUGUUCAAGUUUGAUUGUUUUGUCCUGUUUUUUUCUGCCUUCAUCAUCCACACACGUUGCGAUGGCUAUUUAAUUUAUCGUUUCGUUCGUCGAGUUUCGGAGGUUCUAUCGAGCGUGUUAAUUUAUUCAUUAGGAUUGCGUAAAUGGCGAGAGCUAAGCGUAUUUUUGAAAAUAGUCAUGUAAAUUUUGCACCUUCUUUCAAGCACUGCCAACCGCAUGUUAGGAUCGUUUGUUUUUAAAUACAACACCCAGCUAUAUUUAUUGUACUAGAAUAAAGAAUCAAAUCAGCAAAUGGCGAGAACUAA